AUGUCUCCUACUGUCUCCUCCUCCUGUCUCCACCUCCUGUCUCCUCCUCCUGUCUCCUCCUCUUGUCUCCACCUCCUGUCUCCUCCUCUUGUCUCCACCUCCUGUCUCCUCCUCCUGUCCUCACCUCCUGUCUCCACCUCCUGUCUCCUCCUCUUGUCUCCACCUCCUGUCUCCUCCUCCUCCUGUCUCCUCCUCCUGUCUCCACCACCUGUCUCCUCCUCCUGUCUCCACCUCCUGUCUCCUCUUCCUGUCUCCACCUCCUGUGUCCUCCUCUUGUCUCCUCCUCCUGUCUCCUCCUCCUGUCUCCUCCUCUUGUCUCCACCUCCUGUCUCCUCCUCCUGUCUCCACCUCCUGUCUCCUCCUCCUCCUGUCUCCACCUCCUGUCUCCUCCUCCUGUCUCCUCCUCCUGUCUCCUCCUCCUGUCUCCACCACUUGUCUCCUCCUCUUGUCGCCACCUCCUGUCUCCACCUCCUGUGUCCUCCUCUUGCCUCCACCUGCUGUCUUCUCCUCCUCCUGUCUCCAACUCCUGUCUCCUAUUUCUGUCUCCUCCUCCUGUCUCCUCCUCCUGUCUCCACCACCUGUCUCCUCCUCAUGUCUCCACCUCCUGUCUCCUCUUCCUGUCUCCACCUCCUGUGUCCUCCUCUUGUCUCCUCCUCCUGUCUCCUCCUCUUGUCUCCACCUCCUGUCUCCUCCUCCUGUCUCCUCCUCCUGUCUCCUCCUCUUGUCUCCUCCUCCUGUCUCCUCCUCCUCCUGUCUCCACCUCCUGUCUCCACCACUUGUCUCCUCCUCUUGUCGCCACCUCCUGUCUCCCCUUCCUGUCUCCUCUUCCUGUCUCCACCUCCUGUGUCCUCCUCUUGCCUCCGCCUGCUGUCUUCUCCUCCUCCUGUCUCCUCCUCCUGUCUCCACCUCCUGUCUCCUCCUCCUUUCUCCACCUCCUGUCUCCUCCUCCUCCUGUCUCCACCUCCUGUCUCCUCCUCCUAUCUCCACCUCCUAUCUCCACCUCCUGUCUCCUCCUCCUGUCUCCACCUAAUGUCUCCACCUAAUGUCUCCUCCUGUCUCCUCCUCCCUUCUCCACCUCCUGUCUCCUCCUCCUGUCUCCACCUCCUGUGUCUUCCUCCUGUCUCCUCCUGUCUCCACCUCCUGUCUCCUCCUCCUGUCUCCUCCUCUUGUCUCAACCACCUGUCUCCUUCUCUUGUCUCCACCUCCUGUCUCCUCCUCCUGUCCUCACCUCCUGUCUCCUCCUCCUGUCUCCUCCUCCUCCUGUCUCCACCUCCUGUCUCCUUCUCCUGUCUCCUCCUCCUGUCUCCUCCUCCUGUCUCCACCACCUGUCUCCUCUUCUUGUCUCCACCUCCUGUCUCCUCUUCCUGUCUCCACCUCCUGUGUCCUCCUCUUGUCUCCUCCUCCUGUCUCCUCCUCCUGUCUCCUCCUCUUGUCUCCACCUCCUGUCUCCUCCUCCUGUCUCCACCUCCUGUCUCCUCUUCCUCCUGUCUCUACCUCCUGUAUCCUCCUCCUGUCUCCUCCUCCUGUCUCCUCCUCCUGUCUCCUCCUCCCUGUCUCCACCACUUGUCUCCUCCUCUUGUCGCCACCUCCUGUCUCCUCUUCCUGUCUCCACCUCCUGUGUCCUCCUCUUUUCUCCACCUCCUGUCUCCUCCUCCUGUCUCCUCCUCCUCCUGUCUCCACCUCCUGUCUCCUCAUCCUGUUUCCUCCUCCUGUCUCCUCCUCCUGUCUUUUCCUCCUAUCUCCUCCUCCUGUCUCCACCUCCUGUCUCCUCCUCCUUUCUCCACCUCCUGUCUCCUCCUCCUGUCUCCUCCUCCUCCUGUCUCCACCUCCUGUCUCCUCAUCCUAUCUCCACCUCCUAUCUCCACCUCCUGUCUCCUCCUCCUGUCUCCACCUCCUGUCUCCUCCUCCUGUCCCCACCUCCUGUCUCCUCCUCCUGUCCCCACCUCCUGUCUCCUCCUCCUGUCUCCUCAUCCUGUCUCCACCUAA